AUCAGAGACUCUCUCUCCGCCCUCAGCUGCUGGACUCUCUGCUUUUCCUGCCGGAGGAACCAGAGCAGAAGCAUCAGGAGAAACUAGAGUUGGAGGAAGGAAGCAAAGCCUGAGGAGGGUUGGGAUGCAGGCUCCCCGCGCGCUCCGCUGCUUGCUGUGCGCGCUCAGCUGCGCGUGGUGGCUCCGCACCGGGACAGCCUCGCGCCUCAAGACUCCCGCGCUGCCCAUCCAGUCCGAGAGAGAGCCGCUGCCCUCCAAGGGCCUGGCAGGAUGCUCCUUCGGCGGUCGGUUCUACUCCCUGGACGACACCUGGCACCCGGACCUGGGGGAGCCCUUCGGCGUCAUGCACUGCGUCCAGUGCCGCUGUGAAGCGCUGAAGAGCCGGCGAGGGAAGGUGUCCGGGAAGGUCGACUGCAGGAACAUCAAGCAGGACUGUCCCGCCCCCGACUGCGAGGACUCGGUGCUGCUUCCAGGACACUGCUGCAGGACCUGUCCCAAAGGUUCAGACGGUAAAAAGCAGACGGAUUCUCCUCUGGACAGCUUCGAGUUUUUCCAUGAGAAGGGCAAAGAGGACGACCUCCACAAGUCCUACAACGACAGAUCCUACCUGAGCUCUGAGGACACCGGGCUGGGGGAGGGCCGCACAGACUUCGUGGCCGUGCUGACGGGAGUGACGGACUCAUGGCUGCCCAGUUCCAGCGGAGUCGCCAGAGUCCGUCUGUCUCUGACCAGAACCACACUCACCUUCUCCGUUACGUACCAAAGAAUGGGCCGCCCCAGUAAGAUCACCCUCCUGGACUCAGACGGGACCCCUGCUUUAGAAUAUAAAGUCCCCAAAGGACAGGUGGACAUGAUCUGCGGCGUUUGGAAGAACGUGGCGAAACCCGCCAUGCGGCAGCUGCAGUCUGAGCAAAUGCGCAUCAGGAUGACGACGGCGGCGGGCAGACGGGAAGAGGUGGAGGGAAAGAUCAUCAAGCACAGGGCGCUGUUUGCUGGUGAGACGCCAUGUGGGGGGUCGGGGGGCCUAAAGGUGGAAAUAAAAGGAAACCUUUUCUCCUCAGAUCCGGUUGUGGUUCCGAUUCGAGUCCAGCUGAUGUACCGCCAACAUGUCCUCAGAGAGGUCCGGGCCAACAUCACCUCCAGCGACCCGGACUUCGCUGAGGUGCUGACAGACCUGAACAGCAGAGAGCUCUUCUGGUUAUCCCGUGGGCAGCUGGAAAUCGCCGUGGCGACGGAGGGCCAGGAUCCCAGACAGAUCUCAGGCUUCAUCACUGGGAGGAAAUCCUGCGACACCAUCCAGAGCGUGAUGUCCAGUGGAGAUGCACUGAUCCCAGGGAAGACAGGAGGCGUGGGGUCGGCCAUCUUUAACCUCCAUGAUAACGGCACGCUGGACUACCAGGUUCAGGUUGCAGGUGUGACCAGCGACGUCGUGGGCCUCACUAUCGAGCUGAAGCCGCGGCGGCGAAACAAACGCUCCGUCCUGUACGAUCUAACGGCGGAGUACAGCAAGGCGGCAGGCAGGGCGGCGGGCAGCUGGAGUCGCCUGGAGGCGCGGCAUAUCCACAUGCUGCUGCAGAACGAGCUCUUCAUCAACGUGGCCACCGCUCACCACCAGGAGGGGGAGCUGAGGGGCCAGAUCAAGGCCCUGCCCUACGGCGGCCUGGAGGUCCCCAGACAGGAGCUGCCCGCUCCUCUGGCGGGACACUUCGUGUCUCCAGCAGUGAGAACGGGAGCGUCGGGUCACGCCUGGGUGUCGGUGGACAAACUGUGCCACCUGCACUACGAGAUCAUCGUGGCGGGUCUCAGUAAGACGGACGACGUGACGGUGAACGCCCACCUGCACGGACUGGCCGAGAUCGGAGAGCUGGACGACAGCAGCGCCAACCACAAGAGGCUGCUGACGGGUUUCUACGGCUCCCAGGCUCAGGGCGUCCUGAAGGACAUGAGUGCUGAGCUGCUGCAGCAUCUGGACCAGGGAACGGCCUUCAUCCAAGUCAGCACCAAGAUGAACCCUCAGGGUGAAAUACGAGGACAGAUCCACGUCCCUAACUCCUGUAACCUGGGAGCUCCAACGGAGGCAGAGGAGGCUGAGAUCGACGACCUUCUCCUCAACGACCCCGAGGAGCUGAAGAAGGACCCCAACACCUGCUUCUUUGAGAACCAGCACCAGGCCCAUGGCUCCCGCUGGACCCCCUCCUAUGACAAGUGUUUCACCUGCAGCUGUCAGAAGCGGACGGUGAUCUGUGACCCAGUGAUCUGUCCAGAGCUGACCUGCUCCAGAACCACUCAGCCUGAGGGUCGCUGCUGCCCCGUCUGUGAUGAAAGGAGGGAGGCCAAGGACACGGUCACUCCAGAGCCGGCGGAGGAACAUCUGGAAGGUUGCUACUUUGAGGGCGACCAGAAGAUGCACGCCCCAGGAACCACAUGGCAUCCCUUUGUUCCUCCCUUCGGGUACAUAAAGUGCGCCGUCUGCACAUGCAAGGGCUCCACGGGGGAGGUUCACUGUGAGAAGGUGACGUGUCCGGCGCUGAGCUGCAGCCACCCGGUGAGACGCAGCCCCUCUGACUGCUGCAAGGAGUGUCCUGAGGAGGACCGCACCCCCCGCCUGGAGCACGGCGACAUGAUGCAGGCCGACGGCCCCCGCCACUGCAAGUUUGGAAAGAACUUCUACCAGAACAGCGACAGCUGGCAUCCCUGGGUGCCGCUGGUGGGCGAGAUGAAAUGCAUCAACUGCUGGUGUGACCAUGGAGUCACCAAAUGCCAAAGGAAACAGUGUCCGGUGCUGAGCUGCUCCAACGUCACCCGAACAGAGAGCUCCUGCUGCCCUGCAUGCGCCGAUCACAAACAGGAAGCGGAUCUGAUGACAAAACCAGCGAGCAGAAGACGAAGCUGGAAGCAGUAAGGAUGAGACCCCCCGCAGAUGGUCCCCAGAGCUGCACGCCGCCCCCCCAUCUCUCCUGACCGACACCCACCCUGUUAGCAGCUUCACGAUUGUAGCGAGAGGAGCCUCCAGAGACUGGAGGGAGUGACCCCGACACAAAGACUUUAAGGGAGCCCCAUCCUGACGUCACGCCGCCUGCGCCGUCUGCUGGACUUUAAGGAGGGCGGAGCUGCAGCUGCCCUCUGACUGGAAGGGAAAGGAAGGCAGUUUAUGGACAGAGCUUCGUGUUGAAGCGCAGC